CUUUCAGGGAUGUGCUGGAAUUAGGAGUAGUCAUUCCAAAGAACGAACUUACCUGGGGGUGUGUAGUACUUUCUUCGUGUAUUUUUCCCGUUUUAAUUUGAAGGAAGGGAACAGAAUUUUGCACACAACAUGUCGGAAACAAACGAACUGGCCAACAAGCUUGCCCGUCGCCAGGCCUUGAAUGAAGACGAAGACGCGCCAAGACGGCAGCUACAAGUCUUCAAUCCUUACACUGAGUUCAAAGAAUUUACUAGGAAGCAGAUUAAGGAUUUCGAAAAGAUGUUCAAGAAGUAUGAUGUAAAAAAUGAUCACUUUCUGGAUCUCAUGGAAAUGAAGCAGAUGAUGGAAAAAUUAGGGGCUCCUCAAACACAUGUUGGACUGAAAGCCAUGAUAGCAGAAAUUGAUGAAGAUAAUGAUGGAAAAGUCUCAUUCAGGGAGUUUCUCUUGAUCUUCCGCAAAGCUGCAGCUGGUGAACUUCUGGAAGACUCGGGUUUGAGUGCCUUAGCUAGACUUGCUGAGGUCAAUGUGGAUGAAGUAGGUGUGGGGGGUGCAGCUAAGUUUUUCGAAGCCAAGGUGAAAGAACAAACAGCAUCAAACAAGUUUGAAGCUGAAAUUCGCCAAGAACAAGAAGAAAGAAAAAAGGAAGCAGAGGAGGCCAAAGCCAGAAAGCAAGCUUUCAAGGCUAAGCAAGCAGCUUUUGGAGCCCAUUAAAUGCAACAUGCUUGCCCUUAACCCUUUGACUCCCAAGAUCUGAUAGUUAAUUCUUUCCUCUAAUAGCUACAUUUUUACUUGUAACUUAGUUAGGAGAAUUUGGUUUUAAAUCAAAAUAACUUCUAUCUUACAAGUUUGAGUAUUUUCAUUACUUGUUUGUUGUUUAAUAUAUGGAUGUUGUAAGGAGGAAUUUCUACGUUAAUCAAUUCUGGGAAGGUAAAGGGUUAAAUUGAUUUAACAGUGUGGUUUUCAAUUAACUUUUUAAAACACAAGAAGAAAUUACAAGCAAUUCAGUUUUACUGUUACAGCUCUGGUGCUGUUUUUAGCACCAUUUAAUAUACCCAAUUUUUAUUUUGGUGAAUUUUUAAUAAAAGCUGUUUUCCAUUUUGAAGUCUGGCUUGACUUUGAUUGCACACGAGAUUAAUUCAAUAGGACAAAUUAUUACAAAUUAAUAAAAUUUAUAAGUUCUGCAUGUUGAACAGUAUAACAAGGUGUUGGCUUAUACCAGAUUUCUUUCAUUUCCAAGACCUCUUAGUAAUUCUCUUUAGAGUUUGUCAUACGAUUCUCAACAUGUUAAUUUGGAGAAUUUGGUUUUGGAUCAACAAACAAUCCCCUUGGUGAUAUUUUUCUUUUCUCUCAUCACUUGUCUGUGAGAUACUGUAUUGAUAUUGUAAGGAGAAAUUCUCUCUUGGUCACCUGUGGGAAUUAAGGAUAUAACAAGUAAUUUUCUAUCAGUUAGUUUGCUCUUUGAGUCUUAGUAAUAGUUUCAUAAUAGGAAAACUUGUUAAAAAGCUGAAAGAGUGACUUUAAAUUAGACCAGUAUAUUUUUACCAGACAGGGAGAGAUAAAGGAUAUUUUUAAAUUAAUAAGUUGAACUAACAGAAUUAAGAAGAAAUGGUUAUGUAAUAAUCAUUGAAAUUAUUGCUUUAGUUUCAAAUUUGGUGCAACUACCAUUGCAAGGGAUUACUAGGCAGUGUUGAUACUAACAUUUUACAUGAAUUUUUUUAUUGUUAAGGUUUUUUGUUACUUAGUGAUUCCGAUAACAAGAAGAUUGAAUUUUUUCUGCAUGAAAAUUCAAUUAUCUCACAAUUAAUACUCUUCAAGGGCAUUUAAUCAUAAUUUAGCUGAUAGAGCUUUUGGAAUCUCCAUUUCUGAUAUUUUAUAUGAACACAGGAGUUGUUUUGAAUUUUUAAAGCAAUAAACAAUUACUUUCUAUUAA